GUAAGUAGGUCGGCCAUCUGGACCUCAGGCCUGACUCUCUCCUGCCCAGGACACCCACCGCCACCACCCCAUGAGGAGGGGACCUAAGCCCUGGCAUGAAACGCUGCCCAAUAGGCUGGUGCCUGCCACCCAGGAGUCCUCCCGUCUGGCCAGCGGCCCCCGACCACCCCGCUGCGGGGUGCCUGACCCGCCCGAGAUGCUGAGUGCCCGCAACAGGCAGAAGCGGUUUGUGCUGUCUGGCGGACGCUGGGACAAGACCGACCUCACCUACAGGAUCCUCCGCUUUCCGUGGCAGCUGGUGCGGGAGCAGGUGCGACAGACGGUGGCCGAGGCCCUGCAGGUGUGGAGCACGGUGACACCACUCACCUUCACUGAGGUGCAUGAGGGUCGAGCUGAUAUCAUGAUAGACUUCACCAGGUACUGGCAUGGGGACAACUUGCCCUUUGAUGGACCUGGCGGAAUCCUGGCCCAUGCCUUCUUCCCCAAGACCCACCGAGAAGGGGAUGUCCACUUCGACUAUGAUGAGACCUGGACGGUGGGGGACAACCAAGGCACCGACCUCCUGCAAGUGGCCGCUCACGAGUUUGGCCACGUGCUGGGGCUGCAGCACACGACGGCCGCCAAGGCACUCAUGUCUCCUUUCUAUACCUUCCGGUACCCGCUGAGCCUCAGUCCAGAUGACCAAAGGGGCAUUCAGCACCUGUACGGCCGCCCCCGUGCAGCCCCCGCCCCCAGUGCCCCGGCCCUGGGUCCCCGGGCUGGCGUGGACACCAAUGAGAUUGCCCCACUGGAGCCGGCAACCCCGCCAGAUGCCUGUGAGACCUCCUUCGACGCUGUCUCCACUAUCCGAGGAGAGCUCUUCUUCUUCCAGGGGCCCUUUGUGUGGCGCCUGCGGGGGGGCCGGCUGCAGCCUGGCUACCCUGCUCUGGCCUCUCGCCACUGGCAGGGGCUGCCCAGCCCAGUGGAUGCCGUCUUCGAAGAUGCCCGGGGCCAUAUCUGGUUCUUCCAAGGUGCCCAGUACUGGGUGUACGACGGCGAGAGGCAGGUCCUGGGCCCUGGGCCCCUUUUGACGCUGGGCCUGGCGGGCUCCCGUGUGCAUGCUGCCCUGGUCUGGGGCCCUGAGAAGAAUAAGGUCUACUUCUUCCGUGGAGAAUACUACUGGCGCUUCCAGCCCAGCUCCAGCCGUGUGGACAGCCCCGUGCCCCGCCGGGCCACCGACUGGAGAGGGGUGCCUGCGGAGAUCGAUGCUGCCUUCCAGGAUGCUGAUGGCUAUGCCUACUUCCUGCGCGGCCGCCUCUACUGGAAGUUUGACCCUGUGAAGGUGAAGACGCUGGAGGGCUUCCCCCGCCUGGUGGGCCCGGACUUCUUCGGCUGUGUCGAGCCUGCCAACACUUUCCACUGACCCUGGCCUGCAAGCCCUUGGGGCUUUGUGCUCUGCCUGCAGACGUGGGCUCUGGGGCAGCGGGACCCAGGUGGGCGGGGCAGGGUGGGCCACGCAGGCCGUGGACACCCACCAGCAGUGGUCCUCGAUGGAGCAGGUGUUACCUGCGCUGUGCAGCUCAUAGUCCGAUCCAGCUGCCCCUUGGGGUGGGACUUCCGCAGGGCUGGGGCGCCCAGAGUAAUGUCCUUGAAGGCCCUGUGGUCAGGUUCCUGGGGGGAGUUGUGAUACCCACAACCCUUGGCCUGUCCCAGUGGGCAGGGACCUCUCAUGGAUAGCCGGCUGUGGGCCAGGCUGCCAGCCAGGUGGUGAUCCUGAGAUCUGUCCCCGGGACCUGCUGAAGGACCAGAACCACCUGGGGGAAGCGGAAGCUCUUCCUGCUGGAGACCCCAGGCCCUGGAGGCCCCAAGAUACCUCAUUCCUGUCCCAGUGGAAGCCCUCACAGCCCUCGUCUAGUGCUGAUUCUCUGGGCGCACCCUCCCACCCUGGACCCCAGUCCUGUAAAUGUGUAUAGAAUGUACAAAGCCAUUUUUACCAAAGAACUGUCAUUAAACACACUCGUUUUCUA